GUAAUGAUACAAUUACUUCUCAGUGUGAAUCACUGCAAAAUAAUAAUGAUCUAGGCACUCCUAGCUUCAAUGUUACUAUUAUUGCAAAUAGUACUACUAAUGAUUGCAAUGAUAGUUGUUGUACUAAUAUCACAAUUUUUAUACAACUGGUAUUGAACACAUCAGACCCACAGUAUGCAAAUCUAAGCUAUAAUAUAUCAUAUGACUCUAUCACUGUUAAUGAAGAAUCAAUGAUAACAAAUGAAGGAGAAUGGAACAAGAAUAUACAGCUACCUCAUAAUGAAAUGCACUAUUCUGAUUCUGAACAGGCAAAAAAUCAAUGUAAAAUGACAAUUUCUGAAAGUAAUUCUGCUAGCUCUUGUCCAAUGGAGGAUUGUGAAAAACUAAGUGGAGGAUGUAUUGCAGCAAUUUCUGUAUUAGGAGUGCUGAUGGCAAUAGCUGUAAUAGUCUGCUCAAUAAUAUUAGGUCUAGUAUGCAAAAAACCGGUAAACACAGGUAGAAAUAGAUCAGUGAACUCAAAUGAAACUGAACCGAAGAGCCAAGAUGAUGAUAAACCAGAUGGAAACGACCAGAUAAAAACGAACCAGAUGGAAAUGCACCAGAUCAGUGAGCCAAGGUGAAACAAACAAAUGAACCCAGAUGGAAAACUAUAACAAGCAGCAGAAAAAUGAAAUAUGCAUAUUACUUUUUGUCAUUAUAGAAAUUAGAUAAUUAGAAAAUUAUUUGCAACUAGACUAUAUGAUCAACUAUUCUAGAGCUAUCAUUAUUUUUCAGUAAUAAUCACUUUUAGCUUAUUAGAAGCAAUAAUUUUUAGUCUCUAAUGACAACAAAA